UAUGAAUAGAUAAUAAUAGGAAGCUGCUCAAAUUCGUAUGAUUUUAUAAUUGAGAAUUUAGUACUUAAAAGAGUUCGUGAUGCUUUAUAAGCUAGGGGAUCGAAGACAAUUAGACAGUUGGGAGUCUGCUUUAGAUGUCUUGAUUCAUAUGAUGGGAAUAGAAAAUUAGAUAAAAAUGAAUUAAAGGUAGGUCUGGGUGAAAAUGGAGUUUAAUUGUCUUGGAAUGAAAUUGAUGUAAUCAUAUUUUUUUAUUGUAGAUCUUAUUUGCUGCUAUGGAUAGAGAUAGGAGUGGAACUAUUGAUUUUGAUGAAUUCUUAGUUUCUAUAAGAGUAAUAAAUAUUUAUAUUGUAGGGGUAAUUGAAUCCAACUAGAAAAGCUAUAGUAGAUCAGGCUUUCAGAAAAUUUGAUAAGACAGGAGAUGGAUACAUUACAGCAGAUGAUUUAAAGUGAGAUUUUUGAAUAUAUUUUAGAGGUGUUUACAAUACUAAAUUACAUCCAAAGGUUAAGAAUGGUUAAAUGACAGAACAGUAAGUGUUUGAUGAAUUCCUUGUUAAUUUUGGAGAUGUGGAUAGAAAUGGGUAAUUGACAUAUUAGGAAUGGUGUGAUUAUUAUGCUGCAGUUUCAGCUUCAGUUGAUAAUGAUGAACAUUUUGUGUUAAUAAUGAAAAUGGCUUGGAAAUUAUGAC